UGAGACAGGAGGGACGGAGUGAGUGAGAGAGAGUGAGACAGAGCGAGGUUUAGUAAGAGAGAGAAACUCGGAGUGUGUGCUCUCAGAGUCAUGCCAGUUGCCUUCUUUAUAUGUGUGUGUUUCCACGGUGAUGUCGGAAGAGCAGGCUCGUGCUGAAGCUCCGGCUGGUGCCAGGCAGCGACGUAGGAGCGAGCUAGAAGGAUAUUCUGCUUCUCUCGCUUCCCUCAAGCUCUCCCCCAUGUACCCGGAGGAGGAGCAGCACACCGUGGGGGGCAUUUCCUCUUCUGCUCACUACCUGGACGGGACAUUCGACUACACCGCCAACACCGACGCCUCCAACUCUUCAGUGGAGUACUUCUCAACGGCCCCGAAUCUUCAAGUGGCCCCGGAGCCUCAGGAGGAAAACCUGCAGCCGCUUCCUAACGGCUCCAGCAGCCCCUUGGUGUUCGUCCCAUCGAGCCCACAGCUCUCACCAUUCUUAGGCCAUCCUCCUUCAGGACAGCACACGGCUCCUCAGGUCCCGUACUACCUGGAACCGUCAGGAAGCAACAUUUACAGGUCCAGUGUGUUAGCCAGCGCAGGAUCGCAAGUGGAGCUGUGCAGCACCACCAGCAGGCAGAACGUGUACACUACAGUCGGGGCCUCAGGACCAUCGGGAGCUUCAAGGAGUUCAGGAGCGAUUGGGUUGGCGAAGGAGAUUCGGUACUGCGCCGUGUGCAGCGACUAUGCCUCAGGAUACCAUUACGGAGUCUGGUCCUGUGAGGGCUGCAAGGCCUUCUUCAAGCGCAGUAUACAAGGUCACAAUGAUUACGUGUGUCCGGCGACCAACCAGUGCACCAUCGACCGGAACCGCAGGAAGAGCUGUCAAGCGUGUCGUCUACGCAAAUGCUACGAAGUGGGCAUGAUGAAAGGAGGUUUUCGUAAGGAACGUGGAGGUCGCAUCAUGAAGCACAACAGAAGGCACAGUGGACUGAAGGAGCGCGAGCAAAGCUACUCGGAAGCCCAGAGCGGUCCUGAUGUGAGAGAAGUGACUUCACACGAGGGGCGGAGCAGCUCGAGGAUCGGGGGAGGGGUAGCAGGUGUGGUGUGCAUGGCUCCGGAGCAGGUGUUGCUGCUGCUGUUGAGGGCGGAGCCACCCACGCUGUGCUCACGUCAGAAACAUAGCCGACCCUACAGCGAGCUCACUAUGAUGAGUCUCCUCACUAACAUGGCCGACAGGGAGCUCGUCCACAUGAUCGCCUGGGCCAAGAAAGUGCCAGGAUUCCAGGACCUCUCUCUGCAUGACCAAGUGCAGCUGUUAGAAAGCUCCUGGCUGGAGAUAUUGAUGAUUGGUCUCAUCUGGAGGUCCAUCCAUUCUCCUGGAAAACUUAUCUUCGCACAGGACCUCAUCCUUGACAGGAGUGAAGGAGAGUGUGUGGAGGGCAUGGCUGAGAUAUUUGAUAUGCUGCUGGCCACCGUGGCCCGUUUCCGUGCCCUCAAACUACAAUCGGAGGAGUUUGUGUGUCUCAAAGCCAUCAUACUGCUUAACUCUGGUGCGUUUUCCUUCUGCUCCUCCCCCGUGGAGCCUCUGAGGAACAACUUCAUGGUGCAGUGCAUGAUGGAUAACAUCACGGAUGCCCUCAUACACUGCAUCAGCCAAUCAGGAAUCUCGGUCCAGCUCCAGUCCCGGCGUCAGGCUCAGCUCCUGCUUUUGCUCUCGCACAUCAGACACAUGAGCUAUAAUGGGAUGGAGCAUCUGUACAACAUGAAGUGCAAGAACAAGGUCCCUCUGUAUGAUCUGCUGCUGGAGACGUUGGACGCACAUAGGCUCCGCCCCCUGGGCAAAGUGGCAAGGACCUGGGCUGAUAGAGUGUCAUCUUCACCUACUACAACCACCACAAACCCAAACAUCAUCCCCUCCAUCAUCCAUCACAACAACCAUCACAGCAGUGACUAGACGUAUCCUCCAGAUGUCCAGUCCAACCCACCGCACCCUGACCAGAGCCCCAGCCCAUAAAAAUAACCGCUAUAUAUCUGUUAGAGAUAAAAACGUUAGAGGGAGCAAG